AUGGGGCCACAAACAGUGCACUGGAGUCUUUCCAUCAAAGGUUUGUGGGUUGGAGUUGUAGUUAUUCCUGCUGUUAUUCCAUGGGGAGACCUAGACUCACUGGCAAUGCUACAGAGGCAGCUGGAUGUAGACAUCCUUGUCACAGGUCACACCCAUCAAUUUACAGCUUACAAACACGAGGGAGGUGUGGUUAUAAAUCCAGGUUCUGCAACAGGUGCCUACAGCAGUAUCACUUAUGACGUGAACCCAAGCUUUGUCCUUAUGGAUAUCGAUGGUCUUCGAGUUGUGGUUUAUGUAUAUGAACUUAUCGAUGGAGAGGUUAAGGUUGAUAAGAUUGAUUUUAAGAAAACAACUACCAGCCACUCUGCCCAUUAA